CCGGCCGGCCGGCCCCUUCUGGGUCCUCCCUGUGCAGCCCGUGCGGGGCCGUCCCGGAGACCCCGCGCCGACGGCUGCUCAAACAUCAGGCUGGCCCCCAAAAGGACACUUUUCAAGUCCCCAUCUGGGGGCUCCGUGUAGACCUGGAGUGGACACCCCCUCCUUCCCUUCAUGAUUCGUUUGUAGCACAGUGGCGAUGGAUGAUGAGGAUGGGAGAUGCUUACUAGACGUGAUUUGUGACCCUCAGGCGCUCAACGACUUCUUGCAUGGAUCAGAGAAGCUGGACAGCGAUGACCUCCUGGAUGCCCCUGUGGAGGCCCAAAGUGCCUUCUACGAAGGUUCUGGGCUCCACGUGCAGGAAGCUCCGGGCAACCCCCUGAACCCGGAGCCCACGCAGCCAGCCCCCAGCGUGGACCUGGACUUCCUAGAAGAUGACAUCCUGGGAUCCCCCGCCCCGGGCGGCGGAGGCGGGGGUGGCGGGGCCACUGACCAGCCCUGCGACAUCCUUCAGCAGAGCCUGCAGGAGGCCAACAUCACGGAGCAGACGCUGGAGGCCGAGGCCGAGCUGGACCUGGGCCCCUUCCAGCUGCCCACGCUGCAGCCCGCUGAUGGUGGGGCAGGGCCCACUGGAACCGCAGGGACAGCCACCGUGGCCACAGGGCCCCAAGCCCUCUUCCCAGGCAGCGCCGACCUGCUGGGGCUGCAGGCGCCGCCCACCGUGCUGGCGCACCAGGCCCUGGUGCCGCCCCAGGACGUGGUCAACAAGGCCCUGAGCGUCCAGCCCUUCCUGCAGCCUGUGGGCCUGGGCAAUGUGACCCUGCAGCCCAUCCCAGGCCUCCAGGGCCUGCCCAAUGGCAGCCCAGGUGGCGCCACUGCAGCCACAUUGGGCCUAGCGCCCAUCCAGGUGGUCGGCCAGCCGGUCAUGGCCCUCAACCCACCAGCCUCGCAGCUCCUGGCCAAGCAGGUGCCUGUCAGCGGCUACCUGGCCUCGGCUGCUGGGCCCUCGGAGCCUGUGACUCUGGCAUCAGCCGGCAUGUCGCCACAGGGCACCGGCCUGGUCAUCCAGAAGAGCCUCCCGGCUGCUGUGGCCACUACACUCAAUGGGAACUCGGUUUUCGCUGGGGCCGGGGCAGCCACCACGGGGGCUGGAGGGGCGCCCUCGGGACAGCCGCUGGCCGUGGCCCCAGGCCUGGGCGCCUCACCCCUGGUGCCUGCACCCAACGUGAUCCUGCACCGCACGCCUACCCCCAUCCAGCCCAAGCCGGCCGGGGUGCUGCCCCCCAAGCUCUACCAGCUGACCCCGAAGCCCUUCGCCCCUGCGGGUGCCACGCUCACCAUCCAGGGCGAGGCGGGGCCACUGCCACCGCCACCCAAGGCCCCCCAGAACCUGACUUUCAUGGCGGCGGGCAAGGCCGGCCAGAAUGUGGUGCUGUCUGGCUUCUCGGCACCUGCCCUGCCCGCCAAUGUCUUCAAGCCGCCCCCUGCCAGCAGUGCCCCAGGUACCACCGCCGCCCCGGCCGCUGGUGCCCCCCCACCGCCCCCCAGCGCCCUGAGCAAGCCCAUGAGCCUGCACCUGCUGAACCAGGGCGGCAUCGUCAUCCCGGCCCAGCACGUGCUGCCUGGUCAGAACCAGUUCCUGCUGCCCGGGGGGCCCCUGGGUGGGCAGAUCCUCGCCGCUGCCCCCCACGCGGGUGCCCCGCUCCUCGCCAACCCCAUCCUGGCCAACCAGAACCUGGCGGCCCCGCUUAGCCUGGGCCCCGUGCUGGCCCCACACUCGGGGCCACCCAGCGCCGCACACAUCCUCUCGGCCGCCCCCAUCCAGGUGGGCCAGCCUGCCCUCUUCCAGAUGCCCGUGUCGCUGGCCGCGGGCAGUCUGCCCACCCAGAGCCAGCCGGCUCCCGCCGGGACUCCCGCCGCCACCGUCCUCCAGGGUGUCGCGCUGCCCCCCAGCGCCGCCGUGGCCAUGCUCAACGCCCCCGAUGGCCUGGUGCAGCCCGCCACCCCCACCCCCGCCGCUGCUGCCGGGGAGGCCAGCUCGGUCCUCGCUGCCUCCGUGCAGCCCACCUCCGCUGGGCCUCCUGCCGUCAGCACCCCGCUACCCCCUGGCCUCCAGCCAUCGCCCGCACAGCAACCUGCGCAGGUAGCCUCCACCCCACAGGCCUCCGGACCCCCUCAGGCCACCACCCCGCAGCCCAGCCCGGGCCUGGCAUCCAGCCCCGAGAAGAUCGUCCUGGGGCAGCCGCCCUCUGCGGCCACCUCGGCCAUCGUCACUCAGGACUCCCUGCAGAUGUUUCUGCCCCAGGAGAGGAACCAGCAGCCCCUCUCCACAGAGGGUCCCCACCUCUCCGUGCCUGCCUCGGUCAUAGUCAGCGCCCCGCCUCCCGCCCAAGACCCAGCCCUGGCCACCCCCAUCGCCAAAGGAGCUGGCCCUGGCCCUCAGGCCCCCGACAGCCAGGCUUCCCCGGCUCCAGCCCCCCAGAUCCCAGCUGCAGCUCCGCCGAAGGGCCCGGGCCCCGCCUCCUCCCCCUCACUACCUCACCAGGCCCCCCUGGGAGACAGCCCCCACCUACCCUCCCCUCACCCUGCCCGGCCCCCCUCCCGGCCCCCUUCCCGGCCCCACUCCCGUCCCCCCUCCCAGCCCCAGAGCUCUUCCCGCCCCCCCUCUGAGCCAGCCCUGCACCCCUGCCCCCCACCCCAGGCGCCCCCCACCCUGCCUGGAAUCUUUGUGAUCCAGAACCAGCUGGGUGCCCCCCUGCCCACCAGCACCCCGGUCCCCGCUGCCCCUGGCCCCCCGCAGCCUCCUCUGCGUCCCCCGUCCCAGCCUCCCGAGGGGCCCCCAGCCCCUCACCUUGCCCCAGCCUCCACCACCUCCACUGCAGCCUCCUCUGAGCCACCCACCAGGUUGCCAGCCCCGACGCUACCCGACUUCCAGCUCCAGUUCCCCCCUGGCCAGGGCCCCCACAAGUCCCCCACACCCCCUCCGACUCUUCACCUGGUCUCCGAGCCCACAGCACUGCCCCCACCGCCUCCUCGGACCUUCCAAAUGGUGACCGCCCCCUUCCCAGCGCUGCCCCAAUCCAAGGCUCUCCUGGAGAGAUUCCACCAGGUACCAUCUGGGAUCAUUCUCCAGAACAAGACUGGGGGAGCCCCUACCACCCCGCAGACCUCCACCAGCCUAGGGCCCCUGACCAGCACCCCUGCCUCCGUGCUGGUCAGUGGGCAAGCCCCACCUGGGACCCCCGCCACCGCAACCGCCAGCCACACCUCAACCCCGGCACCCAUGGCCGCAGGCCUCCCUCCUCUGCUUCCUGCCGAGAGCAAAGCUUUUGCCAGCAACCUCCCAGGCCUGGGUGUGGCCAAGGCCACUGCUUCCGGGCCAGGGAAGACCUCCGUGCUGCAGUAUGAGAGCAAGAUGAGCAGCCUGAAAAAGCCACCCCUCCUGCAGCCCAGCAAGGAAGCCUGUUUCCUGGAGCAUUUGCACAAACAUCAAGGAUCCGUCCUGCAUCCCGACUACAAGACGGCCUUCCCGUCCUUCGAGGACGCCCUGCAUCGCCUCCUGCCCUACCAUGUCUACCAGGGUACCCUGCCCUCCCCCAGUGACUACCACAGAGUGGACGAGGAAUUCGAGACGGUGUCCACGCAGCUGCUGAAACGCACCCAGGCCAUGCUGAAUAAAUACCGGCUCCUACUCCUGGAGGAGUCCCGGAGGGUGAGCCCCUCAGCAGAGAUGGUUAUGAUCGACCGCAUGUUCAUUCAGGAGGAGAAGACCACCCUAGCCUUGGACAAGCAGCUGGCCAAGGAGAAGCCAGACGAGUACGUGUCUUCCUCGCGGCCCCCGGGCCUCGCCAUCUCAGCCCCGACUUCGUCCUUGUCCUCCGAGGGCCACCGGCCCCCGCCUGCCGCCUCGGCCCCCGCCCCGGCGCAGCCUCCUGCGCACCCACCCACCAAGCUGGUGAUCCGGCACGGGGGCGCGGGCGGCUCCCCAUCGGUGACCUGGGCGCGGGCCUCGGCCUCGCUGGACGCGGACGAGGACGGCCCCAUGCCCUCCCGCAACCGGCCGCCCAUCAAGACCUACGAGGCCCGCAGCCGCAUCGGCCUCAAGCUGAAGAUCAAGCAGGAGGCCGGGCUCAGCAAGGUGGUGCACAACACCGCGCUGGACCCAGUGCACCAGCCGCCGCCCCCGCUGCCACCCUCCUCCUGCAGUGCUCCGGCCCCUCCCGCCUCGCCCCUCGGGCUGCCCCGCACCCCGCCCCUGGCCUGCGCCUCCUUCGCGAACCCCCAUUCCCAGCCACUCUGCCUCAGUUGUGCUACCUCUGGCUAG